AUGCUGCCCACUACUCUUGGUCCUUUUCUCUCUCUACUGCUGUUGUCUGGAUACAAAAGUGUCUGGUCGUCUACUCCACAGAAACCUAAAGCACCAGGCACGACCCAGUCAGAUCACCCCACCUGGACCCUGGGGCUGCAACUCAACAGGGCGCUUCGCAUAGACACUUCCCAGACCAACACCCUAAUCUCUCCUCUGCAUUUACUCAACUAUCUAGUGGCUGUAGGUUGCGGUGCAAAAGGUUUCACAGUAGACCAAUUUCAGAAUCUCCUGGGAAACACCAAAGAUAAGAAUGCGUUUAGUGAAGCUUUGAAAUCUGUGCAUGAAUGUAAUGGAACCAGCUUAUGCUUUUCCAAACAAGCCCCUAAACUGGAGAAUGGUUUUCUGGAUGACCUCCAGUCCCAGUUUGGACUGCAGCAUGUGGCCCUGAAUGUUGGAGAGAAACAGGAUGACAUGGAAAAGCUGCUCUCGGGAAUGGGUGGAGAAGAGACAUCAGCAAGAACUCUAAACCAGGAACUGAAGAUGAAAGCUGGAGCCAUGAUCCUGGCCGAUGCACUGCACUUUAAAGGGUUCUAUAAUAGAGGAUUUUACGUAUAAAACCAAGACUUACUCAACUUCCUGGGAACAAAAUACACCAAAGUUCCAAUGAUGCAAAUAUCAGGUAAUUCGUUUUGUUUGUUUAUCAUAUACUUCCACAUUGAGGACAUGGAAAACAUGGUACAGCUGUUGGAGAUGGGCCUUUGGGAAGGAAAGGCCAGGGUGUUGCUGCUUUUGGCCCUCCAUGUGGAGAGUUUAGUCUGACUGGACCGACUGCUGACCCUGGAACAGGUUGAGAAGUGGCUGGGGAAACUUAAUUCCAAGUCUCUCCCUAGAGCCAAACUCAGUCGCACGGUCAAUCUACUGAAACAGCUAGCCACUCUGGGUCUGGAAGUUGUGUGGAAUGAGACAUCGGAUGAUUUCACUGCGCUGUCAAGUCUGGGAAUGGGGAAGCUCCACUUGGGAGCUGUGCUGCAGUGGAUGUCACUUGAACUGGAUCACGUGUCUGGCAGCAAGGAUGAUGUGCAUGAGGACGAGCAUGUCUAGGCUGAUCAUUCCUUCAUUAUACUUGUAAGGGAAAACAUCAGCGCAUUGCUCAUGAUCGGUGUUCUGGACCAGACUGAAGGCCCUUCAAUUCACGAUGAGCUGUAGAGCCAAAAUGCUUUUAUCCACUUGCACUGACAGUCAAUGGUGUUGACAAUAACAGACAUAUUUACUGAAAUAUCCAUUACUCUUAUGUGCUAAAAUAUUCAUUUUACUUACACAGAUACAGGUGAUGGAUAAUAGCUUUACAGUAUAUCUUACUGAUCAUUUACAGUGUAUGUAUAUGCCUCAAAAUUCAAACACCAUUCAUUCACAAAGUUUGAAACAUCCCUUGCUCAUUUAUAUAAUCCUAGAUAUCUGCUAACGUUGGGAGACCCAUUCAUUUUAGGAAAGUUUCUAAAAUGUCAUUGAUUUGUGACCAGUUCUGAAAAUUUUCCAGAUUUAAAUCCAGAUUUCCUACAAUCAUGUGGGCCUGCCGAUGCCCAUCUGGCUGUAUCUAAUGGGCCCAGUGUAAAAUGCUUGUGAUCAAUUGGAUGCUAGUGAAUUGAAUAGUACAUGUGUAUCUACGUCUGCAAUCCAUUCAUAGUGGAGACACUGACUGACAUCAACACCCAGAGUGAUAGACAUGCACCGCUAUGAGAUCGUCAGGAGAAUGCUUUGGCGCCAGUGUGUUGGGUGUCAGCUACACUUAAAUCGGCACACUGACACAACUCAUUCUCACCUGUUACUGUGAGGAAAAUACACACUGCGACAGUCAAGUGAACAAAUGCUGAUGUUAAGAUACUGCUACACACACACACUCUUUCGACUGCAAUAUAAAUGUGGAAACAUGCUCAUAAUGUGUAUAUCACUGAGAUUCUUAUACACUGAUGUUUACAUGUCCCAUGUCACCUAGCCUAAGCUCUGACAUAGGAGGGUCUGCUCUCUGUCUGUCCUUCACUUUACGUCUUUAGCUGACUCAUCUACUCAGAAACUUACCCAAGCAGAUCAGGGACUCCAGAGAAGCACGGGCUAAGCUGGCAGCACUGCCCCCGCCCCAGGAUCACUCUCUCAGGAAGCAAAGAUCACUCACAUGGGCUGUUAUUGAUGGGCCAUGCUUAAUGCUAAUGCCACUAAUUACUCAAGACCCAUGUCAACGACAACGCAGACAGAUGAUAAACCUUUUAAUCUUUUAAUGCCUGUCCCAAUCAUUGUGAACCACUGGACGUUUUAUUGACUUAAGGGAUGCAACAGUUGUAC